GGGAGCGCUCCCCGGGCGGACUCACCUGAUGGAUGAGAGGCAGUUCACUGUCAAAGUAACUGCAGGAUGCCGUGGUGGGAGAUGUUCACAGAGAAAGCAAUUUGAGGUAAUUGGAGUGAUUUUCUAGCAUGGACACUGUUGCUAGCCACAGCUGUCAUCUUCUCCAGCAGCUACACGAGCAGCGCAUUCAGGGGCUUCUCUGUGACUGCAUGCUGGUGGUGAAGGGUGUCUGCUUCAAAGCACACAAAAAUGUAUUAGCUGCUUUCAGUCAAUACUUCAGGACCCUUUUCCAGAAUUCUUCAGGCCAGAAGAAUGAUGUGUUUCACUUGGACAUUAAAAACGUAGGUGGCAUAGGCCAGAUCCUGGACUUCAUGUACACCUCCCACCUGGAUCUUAGUCAGGACAAUGUACAAGCUAUGCUGGACAUUGCACAGUGCCUCCAAGUGCAAAAUGUGCUGAACAUUUGCCACACCUUUUUAAAAUCUUCCACAGCUGUGGAGCAGGCAGGCAGCAUGCCAUGUAAUAGUGUAUUUUCACUGCAGAAUACCUUGGGUACAGAUACCAGCUGUGCCAGUGACAGCUAUGGGACAAACCUACUGCCUGAGUGCUCAGCUGACACACACACUAACAAAGCCUUGGCUGAGCACCACUCACACACUUCACAGUCUGUUAAUGUGCACACCCCAUCAUCAAGUGAUGGACAGAAACCAGCACAGGAUUCCUUAGAUGGCAACUGCACAGAGCUUCCAUUUAAACAACCAAAUUACUACUACAAACUACGCAACUUUUACAGCAAACAGUUCUAUAAACAAAACGCUUGCUCUGAUCACGAGAGAGGAGCAGAACCAUCCUUUUCUUACAACACAUCCACAGAAAUAAACACAGUGGAGAAUAAUUCUUGCACUGUCAAUCAUUCUGAGUGUAUUCUGGAAACCUCUGAUCAUUUACCAUCAAACUUUCUGGUUCAGUCUGCAAGUGAAGCUGCUCCAGAACAAAAUGCGGAGAGCACAGGUAUGCAGCCCACCAGACAGAUGCGGCUGAAAAAGGCAAUACACCUCAAAAAGUUAAAUUUUCUAAGAUCUCAGAAAUCUGCAGAGCAGCCACCUGAGCCCCAAAGAGAUGACAGCAGAAUAACAGAAGUAAUUGAACCUGUAAAUGAAAGUACCACAGACACGACAGAUGUUAGAGUCAGUGAUGAAAAAGAAGUGGAAGACUUAGUGAAUUCAGAGAAUUUUGAACAAACUGUUGAAGUGGAAAGAUCUCAAGGUCCUUUGGAACAAGAAGGACAAUCACAGACUCUUCAGUCACAGAAACAAUAUACUUGUGAGUUAUGUGGGAAGGCUUUCAAACAUCCAAGCAAUUUGGAGCUACAUAAAAGGUCUCACACAGGUGAGAAACCUUUUGAAUGUAACAUUUGUGGGAAACACUUCUCACAGGCAGGUAAUCUCCAGACACAUUUACGUCGACAUUCUGGUGAGAAGCCAUACAUUUGUGAAAUCUGUGGGAAGAGAUUUGCUGCUUCUGGUGAUGUUCAGCGUCAUAUAAUUAUUCAUUCUGGAGAAAAGCCUCACCUGUGUGAUAUCUGUGGCAGAGGUUUCAGUAACUUCAGUAAUUUAAAGGAGCACAAAAAGACUCAUACAGCAGAUAAAGUAUUCACGUGUGAUGAAUGUGGGAAGUCAUUUAAUAUGCAACGAAAAUUGGUAAAGCACAGGAUAAGGCACACUGGAGAGAGACCAUACAGCUGUUCAGCUUGUGGGAAGUGCUUCGCGGGCUCGGGGGACCUGCGGCGGCACGUGCGGACGCACACGGGGGAGAAGCCCUACAGCUGCGAGACCUGCAGCAAGAGCUUCACGCGCUCGGCCGUGCUGCGGCGGCACCGCAGGAUGCACUGCCGCGCCUCCCAGGGCAUCGAAUCCUCCCACCUCGACAGGUCCCACAGCUCGGACUCCUUCGGCCCGGAAACGUCUGUGGCGCUGCUGCCGGUGUCUGUUAAAUUUCCCAUCCACCCAGCCGGGAACUCGGCGGGGUUUGACGGUUCCGCGGACUCUUACUGCAAGCUGCGAUCGAUGGUGCAGCACCACGACUCGGGCGGCGCGGGGAAGCCGGGCGUGGAUGCUGCUAAAGCGCUGAAAGCGCAGGCACAGGCGCCCCCAGCCCCGCCCUACGGCUACGCUGCCGCGGGUGUGUCCCCGGCAGAGGAGCCCCUGCCGCCGGAGGGUGUCCCCCUGCCCCGCUGCUCGGCGGCGGCGCUGGACGGCCCCGAGCCCCUGGGCAGCCGGGGCCCCUUCUUCUCCAGCAUGACCCUCUGGGGCUUGGCCAUGAAGACCUUGCAGAACGAAAGUGAACUGGAGCAAUGAGGGCUCAGCUGACCCUACCAAAACUUCUUAGUGGUUGCAGUUGCUCUGCAGCAUAGAGAUCACAGAGAGUUUUUAGGGCAGGUAGCUUGGACGCUGACAGGAGUCCAAGUGCUAAUUCCCAGAACCACGUGUAGCCUGCUUUAUUUACACUGCUUCUCAGCAAAGUUUAAAUGCACUGUUGGGGACCUUUGUUGUUCUGUGACUGCACUGUGUAGCUCCUGUGUUAUUGCCAUGAUUUACUAAAAUUUGCCACCGACUAAAUUUUCCAUUUAACUUGGAAUUUUUUUACCUGAUAAUGGAGGAAAGGAUGGCCAGUGUCUAAUUUUGUGAUAUGAGUACAGUUCCAAGUAUGGGUCAUCAGAGCUGUGUAAGUGUGUAGAUAUGACAGGAGGAAAAUCUUUAACCAAUCCCUAGUGAACCUGAGUUUCAGUAGUGGCUUUCUUACCAGUAGGGUCGUUGGUUUACAGGACCUGAGUAUUGUGAUAUUAAAUUUAAAUGUUAAAUACUGGGCAAUAUUUGUGAUAGUGCAAAGUAACUGUAUAUCUAGAAACUUUAUUUUUUUACAACAAAAGCUCUUUUUUUAGUAUUUUGUAAACUAUUUUGCACAGCAGAUUAUUUGUACAGUGAAGACCAAGGUCAAGUCGUGAAUAAAGGGAAAUUGUUUUACAUUGCUCGAUGUAUUUUGUCUUUCUGUAAAGCAUUUUCAGUAACAGUUUCAUCUAUUCCAGGUAUCCUUACAAUGCUAAAGGGGAUGCCAUCACAAGAAGAGCUGCACUAUAAAAUAAAUGCAAUUAAUAUACCAGUAGGUUGUCUUGUACUUGAAUAAUAAAAAGCAUUGGCUGAUUA